AUGACUCUUCCGGAUUCUAUACUGGAUUACUACCGCUCCAACACUUUAGGAGUUUUGGAGGGAAAGCUUUGUGUGACAUCACAAGAUGGGAAUUGUGGAAUAGAUGUGUGGGUGAUGGAGGAGUAUGGGGUGGCUGAAUCAUGGGUCAAACGCCAUGUCUUCCACUUUUCACAUGAUCCUGAUAAUGCAUUUAAUGGAUUCACAUCACACAAUGAGUUUUUCAUCGAAGAUGCCGAUGAUUGUCUUGUUUUCUACGAUCCAAUUGCAGACAAGGCUAGAAUAUUGGAAAAAUAUCCUGGUGGAAAAUGUAACACAAAUAGGAUCGUGGAGUAUGUCGACAGUCUUGUUUGGAUUGCACCUCCCCCAUGA